AUAUUAGACAAGUGAUGGGAAUUGAGGCCUGGUUAGUUCAUGAACUCCAGCAAUCUUGAGCUGUUAAUAGAACAAGUCAAAUGACUCCUCUUUUAUAAAAUGGCCUUAUCUGCAAUGUUGAUACCAUACUCACAGACUCUGAUCAUUUGUCAUUGAUCACAUAUUAUGGCCAAACUUCUCAUACUACUUCUGUUAUUAGCUCUCUGCAAUUUAUCCAAGAGUGAUGAUGUUAAGAUUUACGUUGAUUGUGGUUCUGUGUUGGGGAACACUGAUGCAUAUGGUAACAUAUGGCAAGGAGACUUGUUAUUAACGCAGGAUGGGGUCUCUCAGACCGUGCAAUCUAGCAAUGCAGAUUCUGAUCCUAUACUGGACACUCUCAGAGUAUUCACUACUGGGAUCAAGAACUGUUAUUACUUUACUGUGAAUAAUGGUGAAAGGGUUUUUGUUCGUGCAAGCUUUAAUUAUGGGAAUUAUGAUCAGAAGUCCUCUCCACCUACAUUUGAUCUUAUGUUUGAUGGAAAUUUCUGGACCACAGUUGAGACUUCAAACGAUGAAGUUGUGACGUAUGAACUCACAUAUGUUGUGAGAAGCGAUGUUAUAAGUGUGUGCGUAGGACAAACAGAGAAGGAUCAGUUUCCUUUCAUAUCAGCUCUUUCCGUUCAUAGCAUGGAUUCAGAUGUUUACAGGAGUGCAGAUUCUAGUUAUGCUUUGCUUUUGCAGAGUAGGGUUGCUUAUGGUGCAGAUGCUGUUAUCAGGUCGGCAACUGAUUAUGAUCGAAUUUGGACUCCUGCUGUAUUAGGGAAUGGAAUAAUUAACUUUACAGACCUUUCACUUGAUUUUAAAGUAGAUAGCCCCCCUUUAGAGGUGCUGCAAAACGCGAUUACAACAGAAAGCACGUCUGAUAGAUUGAUAUUAGCUUCUGGUUUUCCAUCUAAUGGUGCUUCUGUGUACAUAAGCAUGUACUUUUCUGAACCAACUGAGGUGACCAAAAAGAGAUCCUUUCUGUUUACUGUGGACAAUCAAGAGGACUCCAGUUCCAGUAUUGUACCGCCUUAUAAUGACGUAGAUCACCAGACGGCUACAGUGGAUGUUUCUGCCAACACAACACUGUCAUUGGUUGCUACUACAGGUUCAGAGCUCCCGCCUCUCAUCAAUGCCAUGGAACUUUUCUAUUUGAGCAAGGACAAACUAACAAAUGGAACGGAUGCUGAUGAUGUGGGAGCUUUGGCUUCGCUUUUAAAAGCAAUUGGUGCUGCACCAGAUUAUAGUGAUCCUUGUCUUCCAGCAUCGUUUGCUUGGGGCUGGCUCGAAUGCAGUGAUGAUGCCACACCUCGUGUAACAGCACUGUAUCUUGAUAGUUCUGGUCUGACAGGGUUACUUCCAGAUUUAAGUGCCAUGACUGGUCUCAAAACAAUAGAUGCGCACAAUAAUAGCUUCACCGGAGUUAUCCCUGAUUACCUUGGCACCUUGCCUAACCUUAAAGAAUUGAAUUUGGCAGAUAAUCUGCUAACUGGAAGCAUACCGACAUCAAUAUCAAAAAAUAAAAACAUCAAACUAAAUGUGACAGGCAACUCUGGCUUGUGUACAUCUGGGAAAUGUGACGAUGCCACCACCACUACCACUCCGAGCACCCCUGGAUUCCCAACAAUAGAAGGCUACUCCCCUUCAACCGGAAAAAAGAAGAACAAAAAGACUCCGGUAAUUCUUGGUACCACAAUUCCAUCUGGUCUGCUAGCCUCCGCAAUUAUCAGUUUUCUUGCAUGGGUGCGACACAAGAGGAAGAAAACAUCUGUGGCAUCAACAGACCAUGCUGCUUCAGGACAUGUUGGAGGAGGUAAGAUUGGUGAAGCAGUGAUGGACGAGAUCAAGGUGAACAUAGAGAAUGAAGUUGUAGAUGAGGUGUCUGAUGGAAUCAAUCAGCAGUUCUCCAAUGCUACCUAGCUUCAUAUUCACCUGUUACAUUUUCCAGUUCUUUGCUGCCUUAUUUUUACUUGGGUGGAUUCAUUAUUUAUUGAUUGUAGUAUAAAGAAAACAUUUGGAAUAUCAACAUCACUCAAAGUGAAAUUACCCAGGAAAUUUGGAUGUUAAACACUCCGGUUUCUAAUCGAAGAUCAUCUCCUUUUUAUAAUUAUUUUAAUAAAUGUAGAUUAUAUUUAAUCUGAGUGUAGGUUUAAUGUUCUU